AUGUCACCAUCCACUUCUUCCUUCUCUGCUGGCCGACAAUCCUUUCUUGUGGUAUUUGACUUUGAUCACACAGUGGUCAACUGCAAUACAGAUGAGGUCAUCCCACAGGAGCUUGGACGUGGGGAACAUCAACGAACACUCAUGCAGGCAAAGGAGCCGCUGCAAUGGACACAUCUCGUAGAUGAUGUGAUCGCCCCAUUCACACGGGCAAAACUCACAGAUGCCACUGCGAAAUGUGUAACGAUGGAUGAAAAGAUGCCGCAAGUAUUUCGUUUUCUCCUCGAACAACAACAACAACAAGAAGAAGAACAAGAAAAAGGAAAAGAAGAGGGAGAAGGAACUAAACAAGAUCUUCACCAUAAUAUGGGUUCACCUUCUGUGGAGAUUGCCAUUGCCAGUGAUGCCAAUCUUCUUUUUAUUGAAAGUUCUAUUGCACAUCAUAUCCCAUUUGCACGGCCUAUUAUUUCACAAAUUCACAGUAAUUCUUUUCAUGAUGUUGUGAGUAGUGAUGAAUCCCGAUCUUGUCGGCUUGCAUGGUAUGAACCCAAUGGACACAACUGUGAGGGUUGUAAUACCCGUAAACGUCCAAAUAUGUGUAAAAGUCGUAUUAUUGCCAGACUCCUUCACACCACACGAUUGAUUGAUCCAACUAUUAUUUUUAUUGGUGAUGGGGCAAAUGAUCUUUGUCCUAUUUUAAAUGUUCUUCGACCACGAGAUUUUAUGUUUGCCCGUCGUGAUUUUCCCAUUCAUCGACUUCUCACAGAUCCUAAUAUGAUCCAUGGUGGGGGUUGUUGUAAAAUUGCUCUCUGGAAAAAUGCAGAGGAAUUACUACAACUCUUUCAAUCCGCAAUGAGUCCAGCAGAAAGAUUACCAACACUUGUGCGGAUUCGAGAUGCGGGUCCACGGGAAUUCCGUACAAUUACACUACUCCAGCGUAUUCCAGAAAUUCUCACACGAACACUGAAGGAUAAUGAGGCCUUAACAACAAAUACAGGAAGAAGAUUAAUUCAAGCCUUAAUAGAAGGAACAAGAUGUAAUGCGGAGGUGCCAUCAUUGCCUGGACAAGAGAAAUUACCAUCAUGGCUGCAGGGUUACGCCUUUACACGAGAACAUGAUAGUGAUAAGAUAAACCCUUCAAGAGGAACAACAUCUCAACAAGGAAAAGUAGAAGAAGGAGGAAAGGAGGUUUCUAUUGCUCCUCGUUGGGGACAACUGCCAUGGUUGCAUGGUGAGAUUUAUUUUUAUCAUCUCUUGGCGCAGUAUUUGAUGAUUGCCGAUACCGAUAACCAAACCAUUACUAACCAGGAUAAAGAUAAUAAUAAUAAUAAUAAUAAUAAUAAUAAUAAUAAUAAUAAGGAAAGUAUGAUAACAACAAGGGAAUGGAUACCAAAUCUUGUAUCUCCUUAUAUAAAUUGUACACCUAUCGCUACAUAUGAGUGUACGGUUACAACGCAUCCUGUCUUGACCGCUACAGGUGUGGCCCCAGCACAAUGUUUUGAUCCAACAUUUCUUGCAAAGAGUUCAGAUCGUACAUGUGUGUCUGAUGGUGUGGCUAUGCCGGAUGGGGCAGAUAAAUAUAAUAUAUUUGCCGCUGGUGAUUUCAUUGUUCCACGUGAAGGUUAUUUUCAAAAACCCUAUCGUGAUUUCUUUACGCGUGAAAAACAUGAGGUUCUAAAUAAUUUCAUGCGUUUAAAGAUUUGUCCAAUGCUUGCAUGUGUUCCUUGGGAAACGGAUGCAGAUUUUCUUGGUGUCUUGUUAAGAUGGAUGUUGUGGGGAAAUGGUGUGGAUCUUUCCAUGUUUACAUUGGAACAACUGCAGGAGAGUCAUCGUGAGGAUUCCGCAAAGACUGGACAUGAUGGUGGAGCCGCUGGAGGAGGAGAAGGAGAAGAAAAAGAUAAAGAAAAGAAGAAAGGAAAUUUACGUGCCGCAGAAGCCAAAACAGUAAUUAAACAAGAUGAUCAUAUUGUGGGAAAUCAAGUAGAGGAAGUGGUUCAACUUGUUCGUCGUAUUAUAGAAACAGAACCCAUUCACAAUACUAAUAACAAUACACCUCCACGUACCAUUGAUAUUGUAAUGGAUAAUGUAGGUGUGGAAUGUGUGGCGGAUCUCAUCUUUACAUUAUGGAUUCUCCAGCAUCACCCCACACUAUGUGUAACUCUACAUGUAAAGAAUAUGCCUUAUUAUGUCUCGGAUGUAACUCCACCAGACUUUACAUAUCUUAUUCAACAAUUAGAGGCAUUUGCCCAACAAGAACCGACAACAGCGGGAAUCAUCAUUACACCAUUUGUACAGUUAAUACGUGAGGCUUUAGAGAAUAAACGAUUGCGGAUUGAUGCCGAUACAGUGUGGACACAACCAUGUGAAUACCGGGAAUUACCACCACGAGUAUGUAAUACAUUCUUCUUUACCCAACGUUUAUUAACCCCAACAGAGAUGGAAGAUCAAGAGAAGAAGAAGAAGAAUAUGAAGAAGACGAAGGAAGGAAAAUAUUUUUCUGCUCAAUUACAUGAGAAUAUACAUUAUACCCCACGAUCAGCUCUUGUAAUCUUUAAAGGGGAUUUGAACUUUAGACGUCUUGUCGGGGAUCGUCACUGGGAUAAUCGGGCCUUCUUAUCCACUCUUACAUCAGAGGAAUUAAAAGAUCCUAAAAUAUCCAAAACACUUCUCGCCGACACCCAAUCUUUACAAAAUCAAAAAGACAAACAACAAAAGUACAGUGAGGCGCCUAGUUUUCAACAUAUUAUAUCUUCUUUCUGGCCAGUGAAUGCGGUGCCGGUGUGUGCUAUUCGCACUGUGAAGAGUGAGGGCUGCGUUGGAGUGACGGCAGCCAAACAAGAUGUGUUGGACCGCACAGAUCCAUCAUGGAAGACGACUGGGAAGUACGGUGUGAUUCUACUCGCUAACGGUGAAAACUGA